CGAAGCGGAGCAGCCGCCGCCCGCCCGCCCGCCUCCGCCUGCGGGGAGCCCGCCCGCCGGCGCCCGGGAGCGCCGCCGCCACCGCCCGGCCCAGGCCCAGGCCUUGCGCAGAGCGGAGCGGAGCGGCGUCCACCCGGGCCCAGCUAACCGGCGCGGCGGGGGCGGGCCCACGAUCUUCGGCAGGUCUUCCAUUCUCUGGGCGGGAGUCCCGGAGCCGCAGAUCGGGCUGGGCCCGCGCCCAUGGCGAGCGCGGCCUGCCCGGGUCCCGGGGACCCUGCCAUGUAAAGCAGGCCCGGGCUGGGGGCCCGGCUAUGGCCGGGGAACGGCCCCCACUGCGGGGCCCCGGGCCCGGGCCCGGAGAGGCUCCGGGGGAGGGGCCGCCGGGGCCGGGGGGCGCAGGCGGAGGCCCGGGCCGGGGCCGCCCCUCCUCCUACCGGGCUCUCCGCAGCGCCGUGUCCAGCCUGGCGCGUGUGGACGAUUUCCACUGCGCGGAGAAGAUCGGGGCCGGCUUCUUCUCUGAGGUCUACAAGGUUCGGCACCGACAGUCAGGGCAAGUCAUGGUGCUGAAGAUGAACAAGCUUCCCAGUAACCGGGGCAACACGCUAAGGGAGGUGCAACUGAUGAACCGGCUCAGGCACCCUAACAUCUUAAGGUUCAUGGGGGUCUGUGUGCACCAGGGGCAGCUGCACGCUCUUACAGAGUAUAUGAAUGGGGGCACCUUGGAACAGCUGCUCAGCUCCCCAGAACCCCUGUCCUGGACAGUCAGGCUCCGCCUAGCUCUGGACAUUGCCCGAGGACUACGUUAUCUACAUGCUAAAGGUGUAUUCCACCGAGACCUCACGUCCAAGAACUGUUUGGUCCGACGCGAAGACCAAGGCUUCACAGCUGUUGUGGGCGACUUCGGGCUGGCUGAAAAGAUUCCUGUGUAUAGGGAAGGGGCAAGGAAGGAGCCAUUGGCUGUGGUGGGUUCCCCAUAUUGGAUGGCUCCAGAGGUAUUGCGGGGUGAGCUGUACGAUGAGAAGGCUGACGUGUUUGCCUUCGGGAUCGUCCUCUGUGAGCUCAUCGCUCGAGUACCUGCAGACCCUGACUACCUACCCCGUACUGAGGACUUUGGCCUAGAUGUGCCUGCUUUCCGAACCCUGGUAGGAGAUGACUGCCCGCUACCUUUCCUGCUCCUGGCCAUCCAUUGCUGCAGUAUGGAACCCAGUACCCGUGCCCCCUUCACUGAAAUCACCCAGCACCUGGAAUGGAUCCUGGAGCAGCUACCUGAGCCAGCCCCUCUCACUAAGGCUCCCCUGACACACAAUCAGGGGUCUGUUCCAAGAGGGGGUCUCUCUGCCACGCUUCCCAGGCCAGAUCCCCGGCUCUCCCGAAGCCGGUCAGACCUCUUCCUACCCCCGUCACCAGAAUCACCCCCCACCUGGGGGGACAGUCUGACACGAGUCAACCCCUUCUCACUACGAGAAGACCUCAGGGGUGGCAAGAUCAAGCUCCUGGACACGCCCUGCAAGCCGGUAACCCCCCUGCCUCUUGUACCACCGUCACCACUGCCCUCCACCCAGUUGCCCUUGGUGACUACUCCGGAGACCCUGGUCCAACCUGGGACACCUGUCCGCCGCUGCCGCUCACUACCCUCAUCCCCUGAGCUCCCUCGACGUAUGGAGACUGCACUGCCAGGUCCUGGCCCACCCCCCAUGGGUACCUCGGCUGAAGAGAAGAUGGAGUGUGAGGGCAGCAGCCCAGAGCCAGAUCCCCCAGGACCAGCUCCCCAGCUACCCUUGGCUGUGGCCACAGACAACUUUAUCAGCACUUGUUCCUCGGCCUCCCAGCCUUGGUCCCCUAUAUCAGGACCUCCCCUCAACAACAACCCCCCAGCCGUGGUUGUGAAUUCUCCCCAAGGCUGGGCUGGGGAGCCCUGGAACCGGGCCCAGCAUAGCCUGCCCCGGGCAGCAGCCCUGGAGCGGACAGAACCCUCACCACCCCCUGCAGCUUCGCGGGAGCCUGAGGAGGGGCUGCCCUGUCCCGGCUGCUGCCUUGGCCCCUUCAGCUUUGGCUUCCUGUCCAUGUGCCCCCGCCCCACCCCAGCUGUUGCCCGCUACCGCAACCUGAACUGUGAGGCGGGCAGUCUUCUCUGCCACCGAGGGCACCACGCCAAGCCACCCACACCCAGCCUGCAGCUGCCUGGGGCACGCUCUUAGCAGUGAGGCCUGUGAUCUCAGGCCUCCAACUUUGGCCUUCAGGACACCCUGUGAGGACAGAGCGCACUUUCUGGACAAUGCCAGCCCCAGAAGGGCUUACUGGCUCUUCUCCCCGUAUAGGGGAGCCUCAGCAUGGACUCGAGGGACAGAGCACUUCCUAUCCAACCCCUGGGCUUGCUCUCCCAUGGGGAUCACUGAACCAGACACAGCAUUGCUGACACACGAGACUAACACGUGCAAAUUAUUUAAAAAUAUUUCAAUAAAACUGCCUGGCUGGCUCCGGGCCGCCCCAUCCACUCAGCCCGUGCGCCCUCCUCCCCCACCCAUUUCCAGAAUGGGAGGUUCUUGAGGAAGGACAAAGUACUUUCUAGAGGCUUCUUCACUCACUUCCCAGGAACAGUCCAGUCUCUGGGACAGGGUUUCAAGCAGGCAGCAGGCCAGCUAGAAGUGUCAGACAUAGAUCAGCCCUUAGCUGGGUAUUCCCAGAGUGAAGGAAUACCAGGGGAUGAUGAUCUUAGGACCCUGCAGGGCACAGGUUAGGGGUGAGGGUCACAAGUUCUUGUUGGCAGGAGUGUCUGGAAGAGUAAAGCAUCAGUGAGCAUGACAACCAACCGCCACUAAACCCCUGUCUCCUCCCCAGCUCCUUGGACAGCCACAUUACCAGCCUCCCUUCCAUUCUAAGGCUUACCUGCCCCUUUCCCUGCCCGACACACCCUCGCAUAAGCAGACCAAGCCACUGAAAGCUGUGGAUAUGACUGUCAAGCCCACGAACAAGCUUUCCCUCUGCCCCUGAACUCCCACAUUGACACACCUCAGCCCCAUCCUUCACACUUACCCAGCUCAGUGCAAAGAGCGGUCCCCAUCUGGAAACCUGAAAGUUGCCCGCUCACAGAUGAAGGGAAGAGUCUCUGAACACUUCUCUGACGUUUUGUAUGGCCAUGACCAAAUUUGUACCUUGGAACAUGUUGAGCUUUGAGAAUAAGACCUAAAGAGUAGUGAAUAGAACAAGGACACACUCUGAAUCCCUCCUAGCCCAUCCUCUCUGCUGUCAUAAAACCUAGCCCAAGUCAACUCACACUGCCUGCAUGCCUAAGGCCACAUCUGGCCAUGAUUCAGGACAGAUUUCUGGAUUCCAACUAGAAAAGACUUUAGGACCAGGGGAGGAAAGUCACCUGAGGUCCUAAAGAUCAAAAAUCCAGAUACAGAACAUG